UACAUGUUGCUCUUGGCGCCCCCUGCUGGUCACAGAUGGCUAAACGUGAUGAAGACUGAAGGUUUUCUGUGUUCUAAAGUAAAUCUGAUAACCAGGAGGAUUUCUGGGAUCAAACUGAUCCUGAACAUUUGAAUCUCCUCAGCCUCAACUACCCCCCCACUCCUGGUUUCUGAUCCAGUCUCAGAGUUGGGAUCUCAAGGGCCUCCUGGAGCUCAAGGCACCACCCCUCCGCGGUCUGUGGAUGCCAUGGUUUCAUAUCUGCGUCUCCAGCUGACCUCCUCGCCGCCUUAUCUCCCUUCCUGUGGCGGCGGCCGCCUUUAAGAGCGCCUCCUCGGCUCCUCCCUUCCUCCUCUCAAGCCUCUGCGAGGGUCACCAUGCAGCUCCUCGUGCUCCUCCUGUCCCAGGUUGCCGUGGUUACGGCCAUCGCCGGCUGCCUCUCCGACAGGGACAAGGACCACCGGCUGAGGCAGAACUGCACGGCGGCGGGAUUCAGCGACCUGCCAGAGGGGGUGGAGCCUGAGACGCAGGUUCUGCUGUUUCCAGCCAACCGGUUCUCCGCCCUGUCCUGGACCUCCUUCCAGAUCUUCUCUAACAUCUAUGAGAUCGACCUGACCGCCAACGAGGUUCCAGAGGUGCCCCCCUCCCCCGCUGCGGUUCUGACCCGCCUCAGCGUUCUCCGUCUGGGAUCCAACCGGCUGACGGGCCUCGCCGGUGGCUCCUUCACCGCCUGCCCCGCCCUGAUCGAGCUCUACCUGGAGAACAACUCCAUCGCCGCCCUGAGCGACCACGCCUUCUCCGGCCUGGACAAGCUGGAGAUCCUGGAUCUGACGUCCAAUCAGAUUUCAGUCCUCCCUGGCCUCAUGAUGCGUCCCCUCGUCGCCAUAGAAACGCUCUACCUGGAGGCCAAUCAGAUCCAGCUGGUGCCUGAUGAUUGGUUCAGCCCGAAAGAGGAGGUGCUAUACCUCUACCUGUCAGCCAAUCCAUGGGCGUGCUCCUGUUCCCUGGGUUACCUGCGCAGGUACAUGGAUGACUACGAACUGAACUUCUACGUCCGAGACGGCCGCGACAUCAGGAGCGCCCCCGACAGCGUGGUGUGUGACUCACCUGAGCGUCACAGAUCUGUUCCACUCGUGUCUAUAGAGGAAUCAGAUCUGUGUCCAGCAGACCUGCCUCCACGAGGAGACUUCCUCCCGGUUCUGACAGAACGUCCACACCUGACAACACCUGCCCCCCAACCCCCACCCCCACCCUCACCUCCACCUGCAGAGACAACCCUCCCGCCCACAGCCCCCCCUCAUGAGGUGGUUUCGUGGAUCUGGAUCCAAAACUUCACCCGUUUCCAUGUGUGGUCGUACAGUUCUGACUCAGAGGAAACUGGGGGGGUUCUACAGGUCUGGCCAGAAGAAACAGUGACCCCCCCAGAGGACCAGACCUGGAGAAGGAACCCCACAACAUCCACCUCCAGGACUCCCACCAUCAGAACUUUGACCCCCACCACUGGAACUUCCACCUCCAGACCCUCGGCUGCAGCCGUGGGGGGUGCCACCGCCAGGCCUUCGCGGCGUGGGGGCGUGUCUGUGCGGUGGGUGUCUGCAGCGGCUGCAGGCGUGUUCUGCGUCUGGCUGUUUGCCGGCUGCCUGCUGCUGUGCACGGUGUCUGCAGCGUGCACGUUCCUGACGGUGGUGAAGAUGGUCACAUGGUACAGGGAGGUGUACACGCCCCUCGCCGCUGCACAGAGGGCGGGGCAUGAGGAGAGAGUUCUCUUACGGCCAGUGGGGAUGGAGGGAGGGGCUGGGGAAGCAGGGGGGGUGCGGGCGCUGUACCGCUCAGUUCUGUUCAUCCACAGAGACGCCUCCGAGGGGGGGGCAGCAGGGGGGGUCAGAGGGGAGGAGUCAGGGGUGUACAGGAAGACCAUGUUCAGGCUGCUGAGCAGAGAGGAGGAGGUGCAGGGGUGGAGGGAGGUGAUGGAGGAGUGCAGGACCCGCCCACAGGAGGGAGGGGGGAGGGAGCCAGGAGGAGGGGGAGGAGCCUCCAGAAAACGCUAUAGCGUGAUUCUGAGGGAGGAGACGGAGGGGUCUGCAGGGCGGAUGGAGGAGCUGGACUGGGUGGUGGGGGGGUGGGAGGUGAGCAGUGGGAGGGGCGAAGAAGGGGAGGGGCUUAGGAGCAGCUGGGGGGAGUGGCUGGCACAAUAUUUACCCAGCAUGCCCUGGAGCGUAACCACGCCCUCUCAUAUGAAGUGAUGUCAUCAGUGGGAGGAGCCUGAGCUGUUUUCCAUAAAACUUCAGAACUGAAUCCAGAUUUGAAGCUUUAUUCUCAUUUUACUGUAAAAACUUUAAGGUUAUUGAAGGAAACUUUAUGUUGAACUUUUAUCUGUGUUUACUGUUUACCUGGAUGUCAGGUGAUGAAGAUCUCCUCAGGACAUAUUUGUGUUUUUUUCUGUACGUUGUUUACUCCUCACAGCAUCACUUCCUCCAGUCGUGUUUCUUUGUUUUCAUGUUUACUUUGAUGUUUUUUUGUUCAUCAGGAUCA